AUGGUUCUUGUACGAUGCUCAACAUGGACACACCACACCCUCCUCUUUCUUAGUCAAGAAGGAUUCCGUAAACACAAUCGGUAUGGAAUUUGGAACACGUAUUGUACACAUCGCCGACAAGUCGAUCAAGCUUCAAAUAUGGGACACUGCUGGACAGGUAUAUGGGAGAAUGCUAUUUGGGUUAGAUCAUUAACACGAAGCUACUUUCGCGGUGCAGCGGGUGCGCUGGUAGUAUACGAUAUUUGCAAUAGAGAGACGUUUCUCGGUGUACGAUCAUGGCUAAAGGAUGUGCGUACGUUGGCCAAUCCAGAAUUGGUGAUGAUCCUCGUUGGCAACAAAGUAGACAAGGCAGAUGAUGAACGUGAAGUAUCUUAUCUGGAAGCGAGCCGAUUCGCUCAAGAAAAUGAAAUGAUGUUCCUGGAAGCAAGUGCAUUGACGGGAGAUGCAGUGGAGGAGAUGUUUUUCAAAUGUGCACGAUCCAUUCUCAGCAAAAUUGAAACGGGACAAAUUGAUCCAGAGCGAAGUGGGAGUGGAGUACAAUUUGGUGACUCGAGUCUAAGGCGAAUGACACAACGUACACGUACCAGGAGGAAGGAGCGAUCAUCAUGCUGUUUUUGA